AGCACAUUCUGGCUGAAGCUAAGCUAACAGGAUGUUCUAUCUGCUGCUGUAACAAUCCAGUCCAGCACUGAGUGGUCUCUGUUCAGACUCGGUACACACUCGGUUCCGGACGUUCACACAAACCGGUUCUGACCCGAAGCUCGCGCUGACAGCAGAGGCUACAGUUAACGCUGUUAGCAUUGGCAGCUAGCUUUAUCUUCAGUCCUGCAGCAGAGAAUCAUAACAGAGCUAACAGAGGCUAGCGCUGGCUAGCAGCUGAGUGCUCGACAACAUGGCGACAGAGGAGAAGAAACCGGAGACAGAGAAUAUCAAGCCGCCUCCGUCCUCCUCCUCCGGGUCUGGGAGCAAGUCCAAUCCAGCCAAACCAAACUACACUGUGAAGUUCACGUUGGCCGGACACACAAAGGCCGUCUCUUCUGUCAAGUUCAGUCCCAACGGAGAGUGGCUCGCCAGCUCCUCUGCAGACAAGCUGAUAAAGAUCUGGGGAGCUUUUGACGGAAAGUUUGAGAAAUCCAUCGUUGGACACAAACUGGGUAUCUCUGAUGUCUCUUGGUCUUCAGACUCCAACCUGCUGGUUUCUGCCUCUGAUGACAAAACACUCAAGAUCUGGGACAACAACUCUGGGAAGUGUCUAAAGACUCUGAAGGGUCACAGUAACUACGUCUUCUGCUGUAACUUCAACCCUCAGUCCAACCUGGUGGUGUCUGGAUCGUUUGAUGAGAGUGUUCGUAUCUGGGACGUUAAAACAGGAAAAUGUCUGAAGACUCUGCCAGCUCACUCUGACCCCGUCUCUGCAGUUCACUUCAACAGAGACGGCUCGCUCAUCGUCUCCAGCAGCUAUGAUGGCCUCUGUCGUAUAUGGGACACAGCGUCAGGACAGUGUCUGAAGACUCUGAUUGAUGACGACAAUCCUCCAGUGUCUUUUGUCAAGUUUUCUCCCAACGGGAAAUACAUCCUCGCUGCUACGCUCGACAACACACUGAAGCUCUGGGACUACAGCAAAGGAAAGUGUUUGAAGACAUACACCGGCCAUAAGAAUGAGAAGUACUGCAUCUUCGCCAACUUCUCAGUCACAGGAGGGAAGUGGAUCGUGUCGGGCUCUGAGGACAGCAUGGUUUACAUCUGGAACCUUCAGACCAAAGAGAUUGUUCAGAAGCUACAGGGACACACAGAUGUGGUGAUCUCGACCGCCUGUCAUCCAACAGAAAACAUCAUCGCCUCGGCUGCUCUAGAAAACGACAAAACCAUCAAACUGUGGAAGAGUGACUGUUAGACUGAAGGAGACGCGAACGCUAACACCCAGAAUUGUGGAGGUCUAUGAAUGCACCACACAUCUGCCACCAGCAGCAUGAGGGAAGAAAUCAUCAAUCUUCGUUUGUUCCCGAAGCACAAACUGAUGAUGUCACUAAGACAUCAAUUUCUCCUCCAGAGAGACAGAAGAACCAUGGCCCGAUCCAGAAUCUGGACUUCAUGUGGGUGUGAGUGUGUGUCUGCUGUGUUCACUGACUCACUGCAACUCUUCUUCAUCUUCAUUACGUUUCAGCUGAGAAAACAAACAGUGAAGUUUUUCUUCAAUUCUGUUUUCAAUUGUUGUAAAUAAAAAUUUUUGACUAUGA